AUGAAGAAUGUACAAAGUCAUACACUUCUCGAAUCUCUCAUGAAUAAUCACAAGGAACUCGGAAGCACGUACACAGAGAAAUCUAUCGGCACAACAAUCAUCUUUACCAUCGACCCUCAAAAUCUUCAAACAUAUCAUAGAACAAACUUCAGAGAUUAUGGGGUUCACCGCCUUAGAAAGAAGGCUUUUUGUCCGCUUCUAGGGGAUGGCGUAUUUAGCACUGACGGAUCGUUCUGGGAACACUCCCGAGCGUUGAUACGACCUACCUUUACAAGGGUCAACGUGGCCAAUUUCCCUGCAUUUGAGAUACACCUUCAAAAGUUCCUAAAGCUUAUUCCGAGAGAUGGGAGAACCGUGAACCUGAGUCCCUUGCUUGAUGACUUGUUUCUGGAUACAUCUACCGAGUUCAUCUUCGGUGAAUCAGUCAAAGCUUUAGAUAAAUCUUCUGAUGAAGCUUCUGAAUCCCAUAAAUUUCUGAACUCCUUCAAUCAUGCUUAA